GCGGGCGGGCCGGGAAACGUGGCCGCGCCGGCGAGCUGGGGGAUUUGUGAAAAGGAGCGCUGGCCCGCGUGCGCCUCUUGUUCCCCGUGUAAUUUGCAGCCAAUCAUCGGGAGGUGUCCGCGGCCUGCGUCCUGCUCACCUCGGCGCCGCGGCCCGCCCCCGCCCCCGGCUCCGCACCGCCUCCCUCGCCUUUCUCUGCUCUCCCCUCCCCCAGCCACCGCACACACGCACACACACAAACAGAGCGAGGAGGGGGGGGAGGGUGAGAAAGAGAGAGAGAGAGAGACUCCCCGGCUCCCUCCCUCCCUCGCACACAGCGACUGGAGACGGACCGGGAGCAACGCGCUGGGAAGAGCAGAGACCACCGACAACAGCCCCGCGCUCUCCCACACACGCUCACACUCGGCGCUUUCCUCUCCACCCCCACCUCCUCCUCCUUCCACCCCCUCCACUAACACCAUCUCCUCCUCCUCUCUGCAACAAGAAAAAAAAAAGCCAUUUACAGGGGGUGAUGUGCAACUAAUUAAAGGCAGACUGGCAGCGUCUGCAAAUUCUAAGGCUCCCCAAAUAAAAAGAGACUGUUGUAACAGUUGGAGGAUAAUGCAAAGGAAGACGCUGCCUGGGAAAUCACCGUCUGUGGACAUGCGCCCCAGAGAGGACUAGAACAGCCCUCACCUUGCUUUCCCCACCCGGAUCCCCCUUUCCCGCCCGGCCCGGCACGUACCCCGACCCCACCAUCACCCGCUUCCCUCCCCCCCGCCUCCCCCCCUUUCCCACCCAGGUGUCGGACCAGGCGGUCCCCACUUCCACCCUGCACCCCUUCUUCCCCCCCUGCACCAUGAACACCAAUGUCUGCGUGGAGCCCGGGCCGAGCCCGGAGGCCCCGGGCUUGCCCAAGGAAAGCCACCUGCCCGAGGGGGCCCUGAACAGCCUUGUGGAUUACAACUCGGAGAUGGAGCGCUACCGCUCCUUCGCCACCUCCUUCUACAAGACCAACGGGGGCGCCUUCCCGCAGGCGGCCAAGAUCGCGCGCAUCACCACCCCCAUCUUCCCCAGCAGCGCCGCCGCCGCUGCGGCCGCCGCGCGCAUCGGCAUGUCCCCGUGGAACUGCGACAACGCGGCCACCGCCGCCGCCACCGCGAUGCUCUGGGGCAGCGGGGGCGGCGGCGGGGGCGGCGGGGGCGGGGGCGGCGGGGCCGGCAGGAAAUCCUCCUCGGCCGCCGCCUCCUCCUCCGCCUCCUCCUCGGCGAUCCUCCCCGCCGCCGCCGGUGGCGGCGGUGGCGGCGGCGGCGGCGGCGGCGGCGGUGGCGGCGGCGGCGGCGGCGGCGGCAGGACCAGCAUGCACCACCGGAACGACUCCCAGCGGCUGGGGAAGGCUGGCUGUCCGCCAGAGCCGUCGUUGCAAAUGGCAAAUACUAAUUUCCUCUCCACCUUAUCCCCCGAACACUGCAGACCUUUGGCGGGGGAAUGCAUGAACAAGCUCAAAUGCGGCGCUGCUGAAGCAGAGAUAAUGAAUCUCCCCGAGCGGGUGGGGACUUUUUCCGCUAUCCCGGCUUUAGGGGGCAUCUCAUUACCUCCAGGGGUCAUCGUCAUGACAGCCCUUCACUCCCCCGCAGCAGCCUCAGCAGCCGUCACAGACAGUGCGUUUCAAAUUGCCAAUCUGGCAGACUGCCCGCAGAAUCAUUCCUCCUCCUCCUCGUCCUCCUCGGGGGGAGCUGGCGGAGCCAACCCGGCCAAGAAGAAGAGGAAAAGGUGUGGGGUCUGCGUGCCCUGCAAGAGGCUCAUCAACUGUGGCGUCUGCAGCAGUUGCAGGAACCGCAAAACGGGACACCAGAUCUGCAAAUUUAGAAAAUGUGAAGAGCUAAAGAAAAAACCUGGCACUUCGCUAGAGGGUUUCUUGUCUGGCUUCAAGACGCAGCACCCCCUUUUCUGAAGCUUCUUGCAGGUCGUAACACACCGAGGAAGGUGGUUGGCAGAGGGCAUGGCCUCUCCACCACCCUCCCAGCUGCGCUUCGCCUGGAACCGCCCUUCUGCUAGAGGGUGCUCCUCCUUUAUUUUAUUUUAUUUUUUAUUUUUUUUUAAUCUCUGGAAAAAAAAAUGUAAUUGGUCUAAGAAUCCGAAGUUUUACAUUUGACUAUGUUUAAUAUUUUUUCCCUUGCUGUUUUAAACUGUACCCUCAGGAAAACCCAAAACAAAAAGCUCUGCCCAAAAUAUUAAACACAUCCAUCAUUCAUACAUGUACAUAUAUGUGGCUAAAAAAAAGGACUUACUAGAGGCCCAAACAUAACACUGCACAUGUGGUACACAACCUACAGUAUAAUCAUACAUACGUGUAUAUACCAUCUAUCAUAUAUAUAUAUAUAUUGUGUGUGUGUGUGUGUGUGUGUGUGUGUGGUGUGCGUGCUGAAAUGCUUGUGCUCAAAGGGGGAUUUUUAUCCUCUUUCAGAAUAAUUUUUUCCUUAGCCUGACAGAAUGUUUUAUUUCCUGUUUAAUUUUUUGUCUUCCUAAUAUUUUUUGAGCAAGCAGAAAUAGUAUAAAGAGCUGAUAGCCACCAGCCAUUUUUGAAAUGUGACUUUGAGUAAAGUGAUAAUUAUUUACUAUUGUGGCUUGUGUAUGUGUGUGUGGGGGGGAGCUAUUUUAAAGAUAUUUUAAUGUAGUUCCAGGAAAACUCUGUUGUUUCUAUUGUUGUUUUAGAUUUUUACAUUUUGCUUGGGUUCAGUAUCUGACAAAGUAACCAUUUUGUGGUUGCAAAAUUACUCUAAACAUAGAGAAGAGAGGUUUAGGUUGAUGCCAAAUAUGGUAAAUGAUAGGUUACUUUUUGUAUAGGUUUUUUAAAACAGACAUUAUUCACUAGCGUUAUCCUAAAAUUAGCGUUUUAAAUACAUUUCAAAUUAAGAUUGAUGUACACGAUGAACAUUUUAUAUGAUAACCUAAUCAAAACACAAAAGGAAAAAUGCAGGAUUGCAGGUAUAUUGGUUUGGAGACGUGUUCAGAAAGGAAAUCUGGCAGGCAAGUACAGUCCAUGGUGGAAUAGAGGGAGGUUAGCUGUUUGCACAUACCUGAGACUGGGCAGUGGGCACAGUAUUUGGGAAGGUUCUGUGGACAAGACUGUAUGUUGAGUGACUGUCACACUCUGUCCUGAGGACGACUUGCGUAUUCUUUUUUUCAAAAUUAGGUACAUGUCUAGGGAUGUUUCCUUUGAACCACUGAGAAUUGGAGUUUCAAAGAAUAAACAUAAAAGUUAAAAGAUCUUGCUUCUGGUUUGACUGCGAAGAAGAUGGAUCAUUUUGGUACAAACCAAGGCCAAGGGACGGGGAUUUCCAAAGUCAGAAGCAGAUGGACUGCAGUCCCAGCCACAGCAUUUACUCCUCUUUAUAAAGAAGCCACAUCUUCUUGGGAACUUUAAUUUUUACCAAAGGGUGCUUCAUUGUUCUUCCUUUGGGCAACUCUGGCUGGUCAAGCAGCCCCAGUGCAGAUGGAUGUAUAUUCUCAGAUGGCAAAAGAAUUAGCUUUUGAACUCUGUCGGGGUCUAAUUUACUAUGACUUCAAUCAGACUGGAAGGCACUGGAAAAUCAAAAUUUAGCUUACAGUAUGGUUUCCUGUGAAUGCCCAGUGAAUAGGACUGUAUGGCUUCUAAUUUCUCAUUGAGAAGUGAUGUGUACAGCUAUAGUUUUGGCAUUCUUAUGCCUCAGCUUUAGCUGCUGUCACUGGUGCCACCUGUACACCCUUGUAAGAGGGUAGUGGGAAGGCCACUGAAUACUUCUCAUUUAUUUAGUCAGUAAUCACUCCAGAGGAGUUGGCUAUGAGUUCUAGCAGGCUGUCAGCCAUGUUUCUAUGCUGGUGUGUUCAUUUAAAUAAGGCUUCACAUAUUUCUUCUCUGUCUCUCUUUUAGUAGUUUCUCACAAACUCAAUUUUUUUUUCAUGAUUCCAAACAUCAUAGAAUCAUUGUUGUCUUUGAAAAUUAACAUGCUCAGAAUUUUGUGACCCUGCAGAAGGUUCGGAGUGGAUGAGAGAGUGAGUGCAAAUUUCCCUUUGCAGAUGCUUUCCAGAGUAAAGAUUCCUUCAUACUAGAGCAUGGGUUAUGUAUGGUUCAAUAAAAAAAAAAAAGCCAUAAUAAGUAAUGGAAUACUACUAGACAGGACAAAAGAAAAGAGCGUUUUUAAAUUUGUCUGAAUGUCCAUCCAGGCCACAAAUAGGUAACUGCCUUGUGGUUACCUCAAACCCACAAGUACCCACCUCAAGCUACAGCUGUAAGAAACUGCCAAGGCUCGUGCAUAGAAUAACAGUGUAAAUGACUGAGCCAGAGCUGAAAAGUCUCUCUGCUGAGCUGGUUUCCUGUCUCUAUUUUGCUCCAUUAUCAUCUCAGGAGAUGUUUUUGAGAGUGGGUGGACUUUUGUCUGAGGUCCAGGAGUGGGAUUCAGUCCUAAACUUGGUAGCUAAUGCUUGUGGCUUUAACUCAUGGACACAUAAGGACUUAACAUCCACGUACUAAUCACAGUUCAUAUUCUUACUUAGCACCCAAACCUAUGUGCCCUCCUUCUCCUCUUUGACCCGUUCUUAUCCCAGAGUUGGAGGCAUAGUCAGAUUGCUUUCAGGCUGUGUAAACCAAGAUUAAGAAAGAUUCACAUGGAUGUGCUGAUAUUUGUGCCCACAUUCUCUUAAGGCCCCUUUUCUAGCCUCCCUUUAAACAUGACGUUUCCCUGCCUAGACCCAUUUUAAGAGCAAUUUAUGUUUAUAGGAAGCCACUCCUGUUGACAUUCAGUAUGGUAAUACCCAUGAAAUAGUGAGUGCCUGUGUUUUGUGUACUGUGUAUUUGCAUAUGUCACUGCUCAUUCAUCAAUCACUAUAUUAACAAAUAGCCACUAAUUGUUAAAAGCAGUUGAUACAAAUGUGUUGUACUCCUGUGGGACAAAACUUAUUUUAAAAAUGUAUGUCCUUAAUUAAUAUUAAGUUCAUAGAUGUAUUUAAAAUAUGACCAUGUAGAAGAUUAUUAUGAUAUUAUGUUAAUACUUUCUCUCUAGCAGAGGUAAUCCUUCAGAUUGUAUAUACGCAGUAGUUUUUUUUUCCUCUGAUACAAAGAUUUAACUUUUUAAAAUAUCACAAUCUAAUGUAACUCAAGGGAUAAAGUUGUCCCAUGGGCAAGCCCAGCCUCUUAGGCCCUGAACAUUGUUCAGGUGACAUGAUUGAUCUCUGUGGGACAGCAUUAGAGACCACACAGAUCUGGUUUCUCUCCCAUUAGUUGAUUUAUGGAAUUACAUUAGUGAAGCCGUGCCUCUGGGAGGUUUCCCUGCCCCCACUCCUGUUCGCUUUCCUGCCACCACUUUUUAGAGAUGAGAUGGAAAAACUGGAAAAUCAGGGGAAAGGAUAGGUUUUUUUUUCUUUCUCUUUUUUCUCAUAAAAAAAAAAAGCGCAUUGGUGUACAAGCCCACAAUUAUGUUUUUAGAAACUAGCUUGAGAUUCUAAAGGAUUUGAUGAAAAAAUUCUGAUAUUAUCAGGUAAAACUAGGUAACUUGAUUUAGAAAAGUGUUUUAGAAGAGGAGAGACAUAUCAGGUAUAAUUUUUUAGUUCUAAGGAUUCCAACAAACGGCAGUUGUGAAAUCUGAACAAAGCACUAUCUGUACUUUUUGAAGAAUGAUGUCACCUGCCUGCUGAGGAAUUUCAUCUGUAGCCCAUCUCUAGAGUAUAUGUGUCACUAUUCAGUUCAGAUCUGUAGAGCAGGAAGAUCCACAAAUACCUAAAUGCUUCAUAAAGCUUUAAAAUUUAGUAAUAUUUUUAAAAAGUAGACAUGCAUAGAUAAAAUGUAAGAAUUCUUUUUUAUUUUAAGUUGAAAAGGUUUUUCAGUUUGCCACUCCAUGUUGUAAUUUCGCAAUGAGUUUUCAGUCUAACUAUUAAAACACGCUAGUAGGAAACACAACUUUUAAUACAAAGAUGCAACACAUGAUUGACAGUAGGAGGGAAAAGGAGCAUUUUCAAUAAAAUCCAAAUAAGAUGAUAAUCUUCUGUUAUAUUAGAAUGUAACAGUGAGAUAGUCUAGGGAGAAGAUACUGGAUCUAUAAGUGAUAAGGAGAAGAGUUCAGAAAAGUUCAGUUUUGGUCAAAGCCACAAGACAGCUUCAUCAUAUAGACACUGAACUACCCAGUGAGCUGCCCUGCCCGUCACUAGAUUCAGUCCAAAGGAGUUAAUAUUGUUUUUAUGUUUAUCAGAGCUUGUGUGUACAUAGUAAAUCCAUACAGCUUCAUCUGCCACUUCAAAAUAUAGUUGCUUAUGGAAGUGGGCUACAUGUUUUACUUACUGAAUAAAACCGAUAUUCUGAUCCAUCUAAACACAUGGAGAACUCUAAAUGGUAUUUUAUAUGGCAACUAGAAGUAAUGAAAUAAAAUUGAAAACAAGAAAAACAGAUCCAUUUAUAGACUAUACCAUAUAUAGGAUAUUUCUUUGAAAAUUUCACACUAUAAAACAAAAUACAAACAAACAUUCAGAAAAACAAUGAGAAAAACUUAAAUAACAUUGAACUUUAGGCUUCACCAUGAUCAGAUAAACAUAUUUGGUGAGUAGGGGAAGUUUAUCUGGCGAUGAAGGUCAUAAAAGUUACUUGAGUUGAAAAGUUUUAAUGACUUGUUUAUUGAAUUACUCUUCUGUGUACCAUCUAUUUUUCUUUUGGGUGGAAUGGCGGGAUUUCACAGUCAGGCUUAGAGCUUGGUGUAGAAUGUUCAGCAAGGUGAGCUCUAAGACCGAAUGUUCAAAAAGUCUGCAGAAAGGAUGGAGAUGACCGCCAUAUUCUCUGCAAGUACAACAUCGUCUACCAUAUUGGAAACUGGAGACUGUAGUUCCUGCCAGCCCUGAAACUUUGUGGGGAUAUUCAUUUUGGAUACAAAGUUAAACAUUCACUUGUUUUAAUAUUUCCCAGGAAUAGGCUCAAAUGUGUUUUUCUCAGGUCUUAAAAUUUAUUACUUAAUCAGAAUUGAUCAGAUGAUCUGAAUACAUAGUUCACCUUUACCAGAAAACAAUUCACUUCAAGUUUUCAUUGACCAGCUUUAGUGAUACCAUGCCCUGCUCAGUACAUUUCCCACAAGCCAGGUAUGCUUCAAUUCAUUACAUUAUACAAAGUAAUAAUUAAAAAAUCUUGAUCUACUCAUACAGCAAUAUCCAAAUAAAGUAAUAGAUUGAAGUUAUGAUGUAUUUAAAUAUUUUUUUCUCCUAUGAAUAAGAUAAUUUUUGAAAGCAGAAGUGAGCUCAAAAUACUUUAUGCAGGGUGGUGAUUGAUAGCAUGUUUUUCAGUCCUGGGCGAGGAUAUUAGAUGAUUUCCAUAGAGAAAACAGAACAGUCUGGAAAGUAGUUUCUGUAAAAACUUGUUUUCAAGAAUGUUUCACAGCCUGUAAGUGCUAUGGGUAUGUGUGUGCAUAAUUUUAUUCCUUCAGUUCCACUUCAGUGUUUCUGCCUAUCUAAUACUUGUUAUUUGGCAUUACCUUGGUAUUCUUGGGAGUUUCAAGAUACCUGUGGAGGGGCGCGGGGGUGAUUUUUAUCCAAGUCAUAUCUUAUUCUCUCAUGUGCAGAGACACUUAUCCAGAAACUGAAUUAUUCUUCCGGGAAACUGUACCCACUCCCUGCCCCUUCAUCACUGUGUUUUCUGUUGAGUUGUGUUGCAUCAUGCUUCAAAUGCCACAGACAUUUAAUAAUGCUGAGACUUAGCUCUGCAGGGGUUCAAAGAAUGCUAGCAGGCUUCUCAACUCUACUGUGAAGCAUUAUAUGGAAUAUAUAUAUAUAUAUAUAUAUAUAUAUAUAUAUAUUACCUCUGUGAAACUUACAGCCCGUGUCUUAGUCUCUUUUAGGAGCUUGAGAAUAUAUAAAGAGGUAUAAGAUCAAGCUUGAUGGCUUCCUCUACAUUUUUCUUAGUGGUUAUCACAACUGUUUCAAUCCAAUUUUUUGCUAAUGGUAAAACAGUUACUUUUUCAAAAAAGUCAUGUUCACCUUGUAUUUAUUUUAUGUAAAAUCAAAUAUAAAUUGUAUUCAGGAAAUAUACUAAUUUCCUGGACUUAAUUUUUUUUUGACAAAAAAAAAUGUAUUGCAGCCAUGUUGUCACAUAGAGAAUCUGUGAGAAGUACCCGUGCUCUUAAGCAACAAUGUUUAAGCACAUCAGACAAUGCCACUGAGAGGGUUAUUCUCAAUGUGAAUUAGUUCAAGAGAAUCAAUGUAAGGAAAGGGUUAAAUGCUGUCUAUAUAUAACAGAGAACCCAUUUAGUCUUGAAAAACCAAAACAUAUAUAUUAGUAAACAUUAGUAUAGGUACACAAUACAGGCAUUAAUCUAGUUUAGAUGUGGGGUAGGGAAAUACAAUUUUGAGGAAAACGUGAGAGGCCCUAAAAGAAGUGGAAUUCUAACCACAGAAGAAUUUUUAACUUAAAAAACUCAAACUGGAAUUCUAAACACUACAUAGAAGGACAUUGGUCAAGGUGGAAUAUGGAUCCUUUCAUCCUUCCAGAAGUUUGAAAUUUUGCAGGGAGUGGAAAAUAGGACAAAAGGAAGGAACAAGUGUUUAAGAUCUGACCUGAUACAUUAGCUUUGAGAGUGAGAGCUGAGGCUUUGGGUUUAAUGGUGAAUGCAUUUCUGAUGGGGAGAUCUAUGCCACAGCUGAUGCUAUUUUGAUGUGUGACUUUGAAACACUUGGUAGCAUGAUUCCUUAGUACAGCUAGAAUACUUCCAAGAUUAGUAGAAAAUGAGAUCCCGUUUGAGUCCUCUCUACACUUCAUUUCUAUUUUGGGGGGCAGUCUAGAAAAUUGAGAGAAGGGUGGAACUGGAAGGAAACAAUGCUGAAAGUGCUAUUCCUUGCUCAACAUAACAGACCAUGACUGGAUGACUGAUAGAAGCAACCAAGAAUAGAGAUCAAAAAGGAUGAGGCAAGAUGGUGAUGAUGCCUGGAGAGCAGGAAGAGUGACGGGCACUCCUGUGGAUUUCAAGAAAUCCAGCAAAAUCUGAAAAAGACCUAUUUUAAUAACUUCAUUUAAAGAAAGAAAACUACUGAUAUGUAAUUGUGUGGAAAUGGUGGUAAUUAGUGAUGGUGGACCAGUGGUCAAAAAAUUAUUGUUCUGGGAAGUGACUUUUUUUGUGGAAUUGUUUCUGUAGGCUAAUUGAAGUACUUAAUGAUUUUGAUGGAGUCAAAAUAAGGAAAAGUGAUGAAAUAUGAGAUGUAGACUGGAUGAAAAGUCAGUUGCAAAAAUCUUUUAUUAAAACUCUAAUAGCUUGCAUCCCGCUUUUAGUCCACAGAAAACAAAAUAGAGAAUGCUGACUCAGUUUCCUACCCAGAGAAAUAUGUUUUGUAUUUGCUGCUUUGUGUGGAGUUGGCAUCAUUUUGAAGUGUGGAACAUCUCCUGGUUUUCCUCCUGGGAGUCUCUUUGUAGGAAGAUGAAUCUGUGUGAUGCGGGGUGAGCUGGGGUCGAUGCUGAGUUUUUCAGGCCACAGUUGACAGGAUGUUACACUAGUAGAGGGAUAGUGUAUCAGGGGUCCGUGAAACCAAUGUGUUGGCUUCUCAAUAGGACAUUGGAAAGUGGAAUAAAGUAGAACAGGGCAGAAAACAUAUGGAUGUACCACAGGCAAGGAGUGCUGGUAAGCGGUGGUUUGAACUGCAUUAGGCAGCUUGUUGGCGAUGUUCAAAUACAAUUUGAAGAAUGUUAGCAAUAGCAAUAACACAACUGAGCAAGUCUACGUAGCGAGGGAGGAAAUUAUAUUUGAAUUUCUGUUGGUAAGAUAAGGAGUCAAAUUUAAACGUUCUGUAGACGGCAUGCUUUGAUUCAUCCAAGGAGGCUUCUUUCUGCGUUGCCCGUUCACAGUACUGGUUAGAGUGUGAUAAAACCCUUGAUAAACCAGACACAGCCAAACACAUCUGUAGGUCGGAGCUUCGAAGACACAUGCAUAUGUACACACACAGGUGCAGUGUGUCCAGGUUUAAGAAAUGCCUUUUGUUUGUUUCCAGCUGCCCCGUGGGUACCUCUGUGAGUCCCUAACUGUAGGCCUUGGCCCUUCAUCCAAGGUUCUUAGGGACCUAUGUUCAAUUACCGACUAAGAAAUGAACCGAUUAUGAAAGGGAUCUCUAGAAGCAAGUGCGCACUUGUUUGCGCGGGUCACCUCAGUCUUGUCCUACGUACCUGGAUAAGAGACACAGGGAUAGGGUGACUGCAAGGCUCCUGUGCCUGGUGCUUGAUGUCAUACUAGGUUUUUUGUUUUGUUUUGUUUGCUGUAUUUUGAGGUAUACGUUUGAAAAAGGAAAUAGUAGAAGAAACAAAAGAUGAACGGAAGAGAGAGGAGGGAUUGCUGCAGACUGGGAAAGCCUUGAGCUGCUCUAGGCCACUCUUGAGUCUUUAAAUUGGAAAUGAAUAGCAGUUGCCAAUGUCUUACAGUCUGUGAGACGCUGUCGCGGAUGGAUCUGGGAUUAGGUCCACUAGAACCAUUCAGAGCCCCUUCUCUUCAUUCGCCACAAUGGAAAAAUUAGUUUCAGGGAGUCUUGCUUAGCUUUCCAUUGCUUUUGCUGAAUUCUCUCCAGCCCUCCCCUUUUCUCUUCUCUCUUUUAAAAAUCUUUUCCUGUUUCAAUUUUUUCAUUAAGGAUAAAAAUAAACUAUUUAGUUAGAAACAUAGGAGGGCCAAGGUGAGAAGAUGAAUCCUCAAGAUUAAUUAACGAUAGUGUUUAGGGCAUCACUUAUAAACAACUAAAGGCAUUGCUUAUAAACAGCUAAGUAUUCAAAGAUGUUAGCCUGAUUUUAAGGUAGUUAUAAGAAAAGCUUCUGGUAAAAUACUGAAUUGCACAUACAGAAAAUAUUCCAGUACAAUGGUGAAAAGAUUCUUGCUUACUACGUGCUAUAAACAAAUCCCAGGACAAAAAUGAUAGACUAAUUUUCUUUAGGAGUCACUAUGUUUGCACACAGAUGUAGAAAAACUUUCGUAAGUUUUCUGAGGGUGCCUUUGAACCUACAGACUGGAGUAUUAUGGGAUGUGGUGAUAUUCUAAUUUCAGGGUAGUGGAAUCCUUCAUGUGUGCAUCCUCCCAGUCCAAGUGACCCCAAAUAAACUUCCAGUGAUGGAAGACACAUGUUAAAAAAAAAAAAAACUUGAACAAGUUUAAUUAUUAAUUGUCUUUGGGUUCUUUAACUAAAUCUUAAGAAGAAAAGUGAAGAAGUCAGAGAAUAAUUAUGAUCAUUCCUUGUACUGGUGAUUCUAAGUUGAAAGCAGACGGGGGAGAGAAGAGGUGAAGAAGGAGAAGGAGGAAAUAUAGGGAGGGACAGGCUGCAGAGGCCUCAUGGUGUUCUUCAGAGCACGUUUCUAACCUAGUGAAGCGUGUUGGUGAUGACGUCUCAUUGGUGGAACUGCUUGGAAUGAUGCUCUCUGAAUGCCUCUGAUCAGUUUAGAAGCAGAAAACCCUCAGGGGUUUCUGGGCUGAGUUUGUGUCAGUGGCUGAAGCUUACCAGAGAAGAUACUAAACAAUGGGCAAGUCAGUGACCGCGAUAAAAACAUUACGCAUUUUGUAUCGUUAUAUACUAUCAAAAAAGUAAAUAUUUCUCCAGUCUCCAGAUCUGUAGGAAUGAGAAGUACCAUAAACUUAAAUGGGCUAUCGAUGAUAACUGUUAAAUUGUGCUUUAUUUUAGUAAACUUUAGAGGGUAUUCAAAUCUAGCUUUGAUAACUUAAACAUCUUGCGUAAUGUAAAUGAUGCAUGAUUUUCUCAUGGUUGUACAAAUAUCUCUUGUUUCCAGUAAAAGAGAGGUGAGCUUGAAAAAAAAUCUAUGUUUGUAGCAAGUUAGCAAGUUUCAAACUUAUUAAAACCUUCAUCAUUUCUUAAAAAGCUAUUUUCUCCUAGAGGCAAUAUUGUAGACAGGAAUUAGCAGACAGAGUAGCUUUAGGAGAGAUUGGAUGGAGUUAGAAUUAUUAAACUUAUUAGAAUUAUUAAACUAUUAGAGAAAGAGAGAGAGCCCAUAACUAUACUUAGAUCCUGAUACCAGAUAUAUUUAUAUGUCCCUAUAUUCUUGCAGAUAGAUAAAUAACAUUCUGUACAUUUGUUAUUAAGAGUGCAGCUUAACUUUCAUUAACCUAUUUUGUACACAUUUCUUUUUGCAAGACAGUUUUCUAUGGCCCAGUUGUCCUGUCACCGUGGCCUGAGAUCACCUUGCUCCUCCUGUCUGCACUUGCAAAGUGCUGAGGUCACAGGUGCACAUCACUGUGGCCAGUCAAUUUUGCCACUGCAAUCUCAAUUUUACUUUUAUACCCCUGAUUACACAUAAAAUUAAAAUUAUUAUACAAGAUUGAUCAUUUUUUUUUAAAAUACUUAAAAAAAAACAAAACUGCAGGUCCCUGAAAAAGUUACCUGUUUCUCUAGACCAUAUUGCUACCGUAUCAAUAGUGAUUUUUUUCUGUCCAAGAACAUUUUAAUCACUAAAAUACUCAUUUAUCUCACAGAAAGCUUACUCAUAUGUUGGAAUGUUGUGAUUUCAAGAUCUUUCUUUCUUUCUUUCUUUCUUUCUUUCUUUCUUUCUUUCUUUCUUUCUUUCUUCCAAAUAUAAUUAUGUGUGGCAUUUAUCAAAAGUCAUGCCUAAAGAAGUUGUUUGCAUUAGAUGCUGAGGACAGAAAGCACAUGUCCUGGGGUGCUUGGUGCCCUCAUGUCAUUUUUCUUUCCCCUGACUCCAUCUCUCAAGGUACUUGUCUCUGAACUGUACCCUAACUGGCUCUACCACCAUAUGAACUCAGUUCCCUUGCAGUAUGACUUAUAAGUGUUUCCUUCUAAUUCCAGUUAGCUAGGUUUGCUUCCUAAAUCAUAUUUUCUUGGUAGUGCUAGAGAUAUCAGUAGGAAGGUGAAGGAAGAAAUUCAUUCCCAAGGUAGCAAGGGUAACAGGAGCAACUGCCAACAGAGAAUGGAGGCAGAAAAUGCCAAUGCUAUCUCUUCACCCUCAAUCAGAGGAAUCUGAGUGUCUGCUUAUAAUGUCAGAUGUCAGUGUAGAGGUCAGGAAGGGGGAAUGCAGCUUACAACCACCAGUUCUGUAUUUGGUGCCUGUCCUUUAGAUAUCACUGGUCAGUGGUAAUACUGUACUCAUUUUUACUUACAUCUGAAUAUUGACCAAAAUAAGGCUUGAUUAUGUCAAAUAGGUAUGUGCUAAAGGAGUCGACUGUGAGAGAAAUGAAUCUGCUGUGCUACACAUUAUAUACAUACCACAGGUAGAUUGACAGCCCUGAGGAAGAGAGAUCUAGAGAUCUGGGAGAAGUGCUACAAGCCUUUAAUGCCAGCACCCCAUGGGCUGAGGAAGGAGGACCUCGAGUUUUAGGUCAGACUGGGACAUAGUGAGACCCUACUUAAAAACACCAAACAAAAAGAAAAGAAAGAAAAAUGUUGGAAAGUAAAAUACUCUUUUUUAUAUAUUUAUAGGUGUUUUUAUUUUUACUCAAACCACAUUUGGUUUUCUUAUACACUGAUUAUGUUCUAUCUAUACUUUCUAGUGGGUAUAGUAAUAGACUAUACUUUUUACAGUAUAAUAUUUAAAAAGAAAGUGUAAAAAUAUUUUUGCUAAACUCUGGGGAGAUGCUCACCUUUGCUGGGUAUCACUUUACAUGGUAAUUAACUAUUCAAAGAGUUUUUAUUUAUAUAUUAACAUAUAUAUUAAGAUAUAUGUUCAUAUCCACAUAUUGUACAUGAAAUAUGUCUUACAUCUCCAAGCAGGUUUUAAAGUUUGCUAGGAAAAACCUCAACAUAUGUAAUGGCAAAUUAAUAUUAUCUUGUAAAUCAAAUAGGAAAAAAUAAUUUUCGUUAUCAGAAAUCUUUUAGAUUUUGUUUACUAAAAGAGGAAAUGCUAAAGUUGAGAGGUUUUAUUAAAAGCUAUAUAAAAAGCCAUAGUCAAAUGCUAAAGGACAAAAGUGGGAGUCUAUUGCCUUUUGUCUUAUCCAUUUAUGUAAUUUUUAUUGCAGAUUUUCAGAGAUUCGUUAAAGUCUUUAAAUUGUAGUACUAAUAUAAAGGUUUAGAUAUGGGAUUUCAAAAGUAAAGACCCAAGGUGCUACUGAGUUUAAGUGGUAGGUACUGGCUUUCAUAGGAAAGCAACAUCCCCGAAGGACUCAGAAGAGCCUUCACUGGCUCUGUAUACCCUGAAAUUGUAUUGACUUUGGCUGGAAAACAUUUUCCCAUCACCAUAGGAGAAUCAGAAAAUGAUUGUACGGUGUAUGUUCCCUUUAAGCCAUUAAGAACAUGAAAAAAUAUUUUUUAAUCAAUGUAAGAAUAAUGUUAUUCUCAAAUUCUAACUCUUUGAAAUCAUUGGGUUAGACCCCUCUGUUUCACAGUAAAAUUUUGAAGGCCCAAGUGAAUUGUGGGAAUCCUUGUUUUGGAACGUAACAAGGAUGCAAACAAAUACUAGCAAGUUAUUUAGCAUUCUCCAUUUAAUUCUAAUGCCAUCUCUGUUAUCCUGACUUAGGAAUUUAUAUAUUCUGAGGUAAAUUUCAAAGCCAAAGUUUAUCUUUCAUUUGGCAUUUGAAACCUCAGCUCUAACUUCACUGAAAAGUUUUAAAUGUACUGUGGUAAACAAUGCUACGCUCAACCUUUAUGUACUGUAUCUUGACAUAAAUGACCAAACUCUGCACCCUCAUUUGUACAAUUUUACGUGCUCCACUUACAGCUUUAAGGAGGUGAAUAUUCCUUAAGCUUCACAUACUUCUAACAAGAAUGUGCAGAUGCAUGCUUGACCCAGAGACACCAAGGUAGCAACACUCACUUGACAGGUGCCAAAACAUGGGAAGCAUUUUUGGAUUCUCAGAGCAGAGCUUGUAGCUUCUGCCUUUUGGAGGCUCUGUUGUUUGCUCUGCACUACUCAGUUAGCAAAAAUGUAUACUGAAAUCCAUUUCACCAGAGACAAUAUUUAUUGCCUUUUUUUUUUUUAGUUAGAUGUAAAAUGUGCUUGAGCUUACAUUUGUUCUGUCAUCCUUUCAUUGACAGUCAUUCCUUUGCUUUGAAGCAUUACUUGAAAGAUAAACACACACCCUUCUUUCAAGCUUGAAGGUUAUUUUCUAUCUGGCCUCUGUCAGAAUUCUUUGCUCCAUGCCUUACAGCAAUGCCAGGAAGAAGGGCAGUAGGGUAGGGUGGGGACAUGCAGAUUUCUCCACAGGCCUCACUGAAGCCAGCCUGAUCACACCUGCAUGAGUGGCGAAGGCUGCCUUAAACAAUGCGAUCAACUCAAUUCUGUUCAUUACCUCUUGCCCAGUUUUCUUCCAAGGGAAUCUGGUCUUCCUGUCACUCAGGAUAACUAUCCCCUGAAAGCAUCACUGAGAUCCAGGAAGUCACAGUAAUCUUAUCAGGAGUGCCAUUCCCCAGCUGGGACUUUAAAUUUGUCUAACUUGGAGGUAGCUGAUGAGGGCAUCUAAUCCCCCGUGCUGAUGUUCUGAGCCUCAAUUUACAGUGAUCUUCCUACAGGGCGGACCUCGUUAGCUGACAGUCAGGAGAUGUGUGUCUCAAUUUGUAGAGGGCAGUCAGAAACCUGAAGCUAACCCAGAAUUCUAUGGAAACAGUUUCUUCUAGCUGCUUGGUUGCAAAUAACUUAGCCUCACCCCUGGAGUAAAUUUCUGGUGCGCUUAAGGAAAAUUGGGCGGAACGUUAGUUUUGUGUAACCUCUAGGACUCUAAAGAUUUUUUUUUUCUUUCUCUCUCUUAUUUUAAUCCAAAAAUAAAACUAAGAAGGAAAUUGUAAGUUUCUGGUAAAUAUUUGAUAAUAUGUUCCAAUUACUGCCCUGGUGGUUUCCCUAAUUUUUCUUAUGUGUUUGUUUGUUUGUUUAAGUUUCAUGACUUCAAACAUCUUAAUGGAAAGAAAAGUCAUUUAAAAAACUUCUCUGCUUACCUUCUCCAUCCCUCCGGCCUAGGGAUAUGCCCUGACCUUACCACCGUGUGCAGCCAUAUCACAAAAGAGCAUCACGGGAAUGCUAUUCUAUGACUGAGCACGUCACUAUAAAAACCCCGGAGGAAGCACCAUCUUUUCCUUACCACAGUGACCUUUGAUCCUAGGUAGCAUUUUAAUCACUUGCUUUCGUUCAAUAGUGCAGAUAAAAUUGAGUAGCAGAAAGAGGUGCAGGAAGACCAAAGUUACAAAACAGAUUCAAAAGCGUAUCUAAGCCAUAAGGACUUCGUCUCAUUUAAGAAACUUCCUCUGUAGUUUUCUGUUUAUCUUCAUAAACAUAUCUGUUUAUCAAGAUACACGACUGCAUAAGUAUAUAUUUAUAAACUUGUUUCCAGUUGGCAUCUGAGAGUAAGUUGGCAUCUCUGUCAUACAUAUACACAUAAAUGUGCAUAUAUAUGAAUAUAUGUAUGAAUAUAUAUAUGCACAUGUUUAUUUUUCAUAUGUGAAUCUGAGUGUAGAUAUAUAAUUGCAUGGAUAUACUUGGAUCUAAUGUAUCUUGUUAAAAAUGACUGCAUUUAUAUAAAUAAACUUACUUAUAUAGAAUUCAUUCUUAGUUGGCAUCAGAAAGCAAGGUGGCAUCUGGUAAAACUUCUCCGUUUUCAUUUCCUGCUUGAGUGUAUGCAUGCGUGUGUGCAUGCAUGCAUGCGUGUGUGCAUCAGUGGGUGCAUGUGUGAGUGCAUAUGUGUGGUAUUGUGGUGUGCCGCAUAAGUGCCUGAGUUUAAAGUAGGAAUGCCAGCACGGGUGUGUUGUGUUCCUUAUAGUUCUUUCAAUAAUGACUAAGUCAAUGUGACCAGAAUUAUAAUUAUUACAUUUGUCAUUCAAAAGUUAAAUUUAGAAAGUAGUUACGGAGUUUUUCAUGAACAAAAGCAAAUGAUAGAGGCCCAAUAUUCACAGUGAGCUGGAGAGGACAAAACUGAUUAAGUCAUCAGUAAGAGGAGGAAAGGGGGUGCUAUUUUAUUGAGGUUAGUUUAAUUUUUUAUGUAUGCAUACACAUUUGAAUUGUGUAAUUUAUAGUAAAUUAAUUUGUCUUAAUAUUUGAAGUCUGUGGUUAUUUUGGGGGGCAGUUUUUAAAUGUUAGUGCCAGUAGUACAAAUGAAAUUUGCCAUCCAAAACAGUUAUUUUAUUCACCUAAUUUUUUUUUUUGACAAUAAGGAAAUUUUAAUACAGUCUUGAGGUCCAGGCCUAAGACAAAGAAAGGCACAUGAAAUAAAGUAACACACACACAUGAACAUGGGUGAUGUGGCAUUCUCAAAAGAGUAAUCUAAAGUCUCACUGGUAAUGUAGUAGGUUAAUACAGAUUUUUAUUUUCACCUAAGAUUAUUAUGAAAAGAGAAUGACAACCAAAUUACUUAUGUAUGAAAAAGUAAAUGAAAGAGAACUUCAAUUAUUACAACAUUUUGUAAUAUAAUUUAUAGUAUAAUUUUUCUAUUAGGAAAUACAUGUGAUAUGAGCAUUAUCUUAAGAAAUAUAUAAAUAUAUGGUUAUACUAUAUAUUAAUAUGUGUGUUAAUAUAUAUCUUAAGAGCAUGUAUAUACAUACACACAGAUAUAAAGUGGCUGGCUGGCUGGCAACAUUCAUUUAGCAUACCAGUUUGUCGCCAUAAAGAUAUGUUUCACUCAGCUCUGAUAUUAGUCUUACAUAGAUUGCGUAUGUAUGUAUGUAUGUAUGUAUGUACUGCAACUUUGUAUGUAAAAGUUCAGGUUACUACCUGGUGACAUGCUUGUUAACGUAAUAGGCAGAAUAAUUCAGUAAUAGUCACUGGCUUCAUGAAAGCCUAUAUGUGUCGCAUUGAAGGUGGCAUACGCAGCUGGCUAUGAUGUUUUACAAUAGAAAGAUACAUAAAUGAAGAUGUUUCCCAUGUCAUGAUGUGACUGUGCCAUAUAUGUGUAGACACAAACAUGAUCCACUUAACAUGGGCUUUCUAUGAGGUUAAUGCCUCGGACCUUCUUUUAUUCUGAUUGCUACAUACACCCCAGGAUGUAUUUCCUGUAUUUUAAGUAUAUCAUGUGUUUCAGUCAUUAUAAUCAGUCAAUUAGUAUUAAACUGAAUAGUACUGUUUUCAUAUUUUAAGAUCGGCCAUUUUACUUUUUUGAUCACGUGUUGCUGUACAUGUUGUUAUGCUGGCUGUGAACAGUUGACUAAAAGUGUUGCUUAAGUGUAAAGGAGGAAAAUCUGAUUUUAUAUUGACAUGGAAAGAAAGCUUAACCUGUUUUCUUGCUCUU